AUGUCACCCGACACUCUUUCCCUCGACGGAAAAGUUGCCAUUGUCACUGGAUCCGGCCGUGAAACCGGUAUUGGAGCAGGUAUAGCUUCGGCUCUCGCUCGGAAUGGUGCAUGGGUGGUCAUCAACCACGUCUCGGACGCAAGCGCCACACGGGCUGCAGCCGUUGCGAAGAAGAUAAUCGACGCUGGAGGAAAGGCAGUUGUGGUGCAGGCUGAUGUAUCGACUCAAGAGGGCGCAAAGGGACUCGUGCAACAAACACUUGAGAAAUUCCAGGUUCAACACGUUGACAUUCUCGUGAACAAUGCAGCCGCUGGCCAGCCCGAGCCAUUCCUUACUGCGACUUCGUCCUCCAUUGAAACGAUUUUCAAGUCCGUCGUCUUUGCUCCUAUUUACCUAAUUCAAUCUGUCAUUCCUCAUAUGCCCCGCGGUGGCCGUAUUGUGAACACUGGGAGCAUCGCUUCGAAAUUAGGUUUUAGUCCCGUUGCAAUAUAUGGGGCUGCCAAGGCAGCUGUUGAUGCUUUGACAUUCUCAAUGGCCAUGGAGUUAGGCCGUGGGUAUGCAGUGACUAUCAACACCGUAAUGCCGGGUCCUGUCGAUACAGACGCGCUACCGAAAGCGGUUUCAGACAGGAUACACAGUGCUCUAGUCCCCAUGACUAAGGCGGAGGAGAGAGUCGGAACAGUUGACGAUAUUGCGGAUGCAGUGUUAUUAAUCUGCUCUGAGAAGAGUAGGUGGGUAACUGGGCAGGUUAUUAGUGUCAGUGGAGGAAUCACCGGAGGCUGA